AUGGAUUUCAAGAACUUUGGCAAGAACAUCACCUCACUUGGUGCAUCGUUCACGCCAUUCGCUUCGCGCACCUUUCAGUAUACCAAAGAGCAGCUUGGGCAAGUCGAGGACAAGACCCAAUUGCCUCCUGACUACAUUGAUCUCGAGAAGCGGGUGGACGCGCUCAAGGCCGUCCACCAGAAGAUGCUGGCUGUCACCAACCAAUAUGCCAAUGAGGCCUACGACUACCCGCCCAACAUCAAGGAGACGUUCUCUGACCUUGGCCGAACAGUCAGCGAGAAGGUGACGCUCCUCUCGUCGGCCACCACCCCUGCCGAGGCCCAGGCUGCCCUCACGGCACCCCCUAGUGCGAAGCCUCAGCCCAAGACCUUCUCGCACGCCAUCGCUCGCGCCUCGCUGGCUAGCAGCCAGACGCUGCACCAGACACACGCGGAUGCCGGCGAGGACCCCCUGGCCACGGCGCUUGAGAAGUACGCUCUGGCUCAGGAGCGCGUGGGCGAGGCUCGCCUGGCCCAAGACAACCAGAUUCAGCGCACCUUCCUAGCAGGCUGGAACACGACACUCAACACCAACCUGCUGUUUGCCACACGCGCCCGCAAGAACGUCGAGAACUCGCGCCUGAGUCUGGACGCUGCCAAGGCUCGCGUCAAGGGUACCACCUGGAAGCUACCCGCAACCACUUCGCCGCGCGGUGACGCUGCGGCGCACCACGAGGAGCCAGAGCUCAGCCCCGAGGCGCAGGAGGAAAUCGAGAAGGCUGAAGAUGAGUUUGUCACGCAGACCGAGGAGGCGGUCGGUGUGAUGAAGAAUGUCCUUGACACCCCCGAGCCGCUCCGCAACCUCGCCGAGCUCGUGGCUGCACAGAUGGAGUACCACAAGAAGGCUCACGAGAUCUUGUCAGAAUUGGCCCCCUUGAUUGAGGGACUGCAGGUUGAACAGGAGGCAAGUCACUUUCACAAUGGUCAGUUCAUUUGCCCCUCUUCCACUCUAUGGCCGUUUGCUAACCUUUGGCUGCCUUGCGUUCAGCUUCCCCUCGGGCUUCUCAACGCGGCCCAGGGCCACGCGAUGAUGGUUGAGUUGAAGAACGGCGAAACUCUCAACGGACACCUGGUUCAGUGCGAUACGUGGAUGAACCUCACUCUCAGGGAGGUGGUGCAGACGAGUCCAGAGGGCGACAAGUUCAUGCGGCUACCAGAGAUAUACGUCAAGGGAAACAACAUCAAAUACCUCCGCGUUCCCGACGAAGUCAUAGACCAAGUCAAGGAGCAACAACAGCAACACCAACAGCAACAUCAACAACACGGACAGCAGGGCGGCUUCAGGGGAGGAAGGGGUGGCGGCUCAAGAGGCGACCACCGCGGCGGAGGCGACAGGGGACGGGGCGGCCGAGGUCGGGGAGCUGGGCGUGGCCGGGGGAGGGGUGGUGCUUAG